AUGUGCCCGCCGGCCGCCGUCCGCCCGUCCCCCCCCGACCUCGAACGAUACUGGGCGUCGUUGUACGAGGGGCUCCCGGUCGGUGCCAAUCCUACGAUACCUGCAAGGGAUCUAGGUCGACUGAGACCGUUCGUGCAUACCGAUGUAGGACUGCAGUUGCUUGCCCGGCCAGGGGCACGGUCUGUUGAGUUCCGACACGGCCGGAUCCAUGCUCAUCAGAUUGCAAUGCAUCGAGCAAGCUACAUCAAUGCCCUGCUGAUACAAUCUCAGGGAACUCGUCCGCCAGCCCCGUGUUCCAGAUGCCGUGAUGGUACGGGGGGCGUUUUCCGAGAAUGUCGCCAUUUACCAGGCGCGUUCGGCGGUAUUUGCGCCAACUGCAAAUGGCCUGAUGCCGGUGUCAGCUGUACCGUCCGAGAUUCAGCAUGGGGUGCCUUGCGGGAAGCUCAGCCUCCUAUGCCUGUCAUCGGCAGGGGAUUGCCCGCACCGGGGGCCUCUCGUACGGAUCCGAUCGUCGUGGGGGAAGAGGGGGAGGAGGAAGAAGUGGUUAUCGUACCGGCACCUCCUCGACGUCCGGAUCCUCCAAUCAAGGAGGAGGAUCCGGACGUCGAGGAGGUGCCGGUUAUUACUAUCGUUGAUGAUGAGCCCAUCAUCAUCGAUGAUGAUUAG